UUCCGGUGGCUUGAUUAGUCAGAUAUUGGUAUUCCACUUAAACAACAAACAUUCAAUAAUAAAUGCCAUUGACCUCUUAUACUAUGCUCUGGACCAUCACAGAUAAAUAACAAUUAACGUCAAAUGACAUACAAUCAAAAACGCAAACCAGCUUAUCAAUUUCAAACAGUAUUAGUUACUUGACAUAUUUAUCUUAAACACAUUAAUUAUAAUUAUAAUUUCAUGCCAUUUCACUAUUAUGUCCAUACUUAGUAAGACGUAACUUAGUACGGAUAAUACACAAUAAAAAAAGUGUUUUCAAUAAAAAAUCUUCAAAAUGUGACUGUUACGUUAUUGAAAACAUUUGAAUUGAGUUAUCGUAGCAUGAAAUUUAUUUUAUUUAAUGAUAACGCGGUGUUUACAAUUAUCAGGAUAUAUUAUAUCGGCUUUAAUAAAAAAAAGAUAAGUUCUUUUUUAUCUGUUACGUUGUGGCGAAGGAAACGCGGAGGUGUCGCAUUCUAAACAAUUGAACGACCUAGAAAUAAGACAUGCAGUUUUUUUCGACUAGGAAAUGGUAUUUAAUUGAUUGCGUUUACUGUCUGAUGAUUUCGUAGUGUUUGCACAACGUUCAAAUCAAACGGUGUGUUUAUUGUGUGGUGAAUAUAGUUAAUGUUAAUAGUUACAAGUGCUUGUGAGUUAAAAUGAUGUCGCCGUUGAAUAUUAGUGCAAAAUGGGAUAUGAUCAGGAACAAAAUGCAAGGAUAUACCAUCUUAGAUGAUAUUGGAUGUUCCGGGAGCACAUACAACAUGGCAUCCAUAAAUUCCUCUGGAGACCUGAAGAGCCCUGGGGAUCCACCAGAUAAGAAGAUCACCGAAGCUGACGCAGAAAAACAACCACUGUCCGGGAAGAAGGAAGAAAGAUGGUGGAAUACAUUGAUGCAGGUGGCGGUGCCGUUCUUCAUAGCGGGCUGCGGGACCAUCGGAGCUGGUCUCGUGCUCGGUACUGUCAAGGAUUGGGAUGUGUUCAUUAAUGUGUCAGCCAUCUUUGUUUUGGUGCCAUCACUUUCUGGACUUAAAGGUAACCUGGACAUGUGCCUGGCAUCUCGGCUGUCCACGCAGGCCAACCUCGGCAACAUGGACUCCACGAAGGAGGUCAUCUCCAUGGUUGUUGGAAAUAUAUCCUUGGUGCAGGUGCAAGCUAUAGUAGCGGCAACGGUCGUGUCCAUGUUCGCAAUAGUAAUAAACACCAUAGCUGAUGGAACUGUCAACGGCAACUACAUCUUACUCAUCAUAGCUUCAGCUGUAUUCACCGCAACAACCACUUGUUUCGUAUUAGAUUUCGUAAUGGUCCUCGUGAUAUAUGCUUCCCAUAAGUUUAAAGUGAACCCGGACAACGUGGCGACACCGCUGGCGGCUUCCAUCGGAGAUAUUGUCAGCAAUUCAGUUCUAGCAGUGACUGCUCAGUACAUGUACGAACAAAUACAGGUAUCACUGUGGCAGCCCAUCGUUCUCAUGUGCGUGUAUUACUGCAUGCUACCGAUGUGGAUCUUUGUUGUAUGGAGAAACAGGUACACCAAGAAGGUCCUCACCACUGGUUGGACGCCUGUCAUAUCAGCACUCUUCAUUAGCGGUAUUGGAGGAAUCGUCUUGGAUCAAGCUGUUGACCAAUAUCCCGGCUACGAGGUGUUCCAACCAAUCGUCAACGGCAUCGGAGGAAACCUCGUCUGCGUACAGUCGUCUCGCCUCGCUACCCACUUGCAUCAAACAGCUAUUCCUGGUGUGCUACCCGAGAAUACCAGAAUCGUUGAAUGGCCAUGGAAGACUUGGUUCUUUGGAACUCCUGCUGCAAAGGUGGCCCGCAUGUUGUUGAUUCUGGCUGUGUUUGGACAAAGCAUAUUCAUGGUGGUAGCCGAUUUCGUCUACCAAGGUCUUGUGACCAUACAAGUCGCGUUUGGUGUUACCUAUCUGCUCUGCUCCUUAUUACAGGUUAUGGUGCUACUAUACCUAGCAUACGUAUUCAUUCACUUAAUGUGGAAGAAAAAGAAGGACCCAGACAAUGCAGCUAUACCAUAUCUUACUGCUUUAGGUGAUCUCCUAGGCUCGGUGUUCUUAGGUCUUGCGUUCUUUAUAUUAUCCAUGUUUGGCAUGCAGUACGGUAACAACGUCCAGUGAUUCUUUUUAACGCUAUGAAAUGGUAAACGAUAUAACGCGCGAAAGCUUUUUCAAGCCUAAAAAUACCAAAUCAACGAGGACUGUUGAUGGUAUGCUGCAAAAUAUAGUUUUG